AUGCUGGCAGCGUCCGAUUCUUCAUCAUUGAAUCAAUGUUCUAAGCUUGGCUAUGCAUCAAGUCAUUUAAUGUGUUCAAGUUGUAAUGAUUUGAAACAAUUUAAAUUGGGUGAAUUAGAAGAUUCAUGCCGACAAUGUUGUGUAAAUGAUGAUCAUGAACAAAAUGAAGCAGAAGCAAAAGCUAAAUAUCAUCGAGCUGUUCUUCAAGUAUGUUCAUGA